AUGAAUAACUCUACAGAGAACUUCACCACAUCUGUAGACUUCACAACUCAGUCCAUCGGGCUUGUGGACAUUAUAAACAUUUCUAUGUACAGCAUCAGUUUCCUGUUUGGUCUUCCUACACACUCCUAUGUUAUAUGGCUCAUCACCAGAGGAUCAGGAAGUGGAUUUGUGUCAGAGUUCUUCAUCUUAAAUCUCUCUAUUUGUGAGAUUUGUAAUUGUCUGAAUAGUUUGAUCUGUAUAUUUGAUACAUUUAUUCCAUGUAAACAUCUUGGAUCAUUUUUGUCAGGUCUAGCCAUCACAGGUUGUCCUCUGUUUCAGUGUCUGAUGUGCGUUGAGCGUUACCUGGCAGUGGUUCAUCCUGUAACCUUUCUGAAGUACAAACCUUUCAGAUAUAAAUUGAUCUGCUGUAACAUGGCCUGGAUAAUCACUCUUGGCUCCUGCUUAAGCUGCAUGCUUACUUUUGUCUUCUUUUAUGUUUAUGUAUGUUUCUUUUCACUGCAGUACAUGUUCUUCAUCUCCUUUCAGUUGUUUUGUCUUGUGGCUGUUCUCAGAGCACUGAAGCAGUCAGGACCAGGAGAGAGAGGGAGAGAGAGAGAGGAGGAAAACCACACGAAGAGAAGAGCAUUUUAUCUCAUUCUAAUAACUACCGUGAGCAUGGUUAUCAUAUAUGUGCCAUUUAUUAUAGCCGGAUUCACUUUAAUUCUAACACAACAUCACAUUAAGGAACUUUUUUCUUUUAGUAUUAUUUGUAAUGUGUUGGCUGGUUUUGUUCAACCUGUUCUUUAUCUGCACCGGUCCAAUAAGGUCAGUGUUGCAUCCUGCACACCUCUUCCCGCCCUAUAGGCAAAUUGCAUCGGGUCGAGAAAUGGUGUAGUUUGUUCCAAUAGUACCUCCUUUACUAAUUUCUCAAAUACCUUCAUUAUAAGCAAGGUCAAGGAAACCGGUCUAUAAUCUGUCAAGCCUUUAGGACAAUUAUUUUUUGCAA